CAUUUUAAAUAUGCUAAUACAAAGCCAUCCAUAAAACUAUUACUCCUUUUGGUUUUCUUGAAACUAAAAAUUAGACCAAUAUGUUUUUAUUCAAAACAUACAAGAUCCUCCCAUGGCUUCUUAUCUCUCUAUCUUUAAUGGCUUCCACACCAACCGCCAUGAUUACACCCAAAAACAUGCUCACAACUCCAAAAACCAGUAAACCCGGAUGCCCACGAAACUGUGGAAACCUAACUAUCCCAUACCCGUUUGGAAUUGGUACUAAAUGCUCUUUACAUGACUGGUUCAGUAUCACAUGUAACACCUCUUACAACCCACCAAAAGCCUUCUUUGAAAGCGGGAUUGGGUCCGAAGAUCCGGAGAUCUUAGACAUAACCCAGACCCAUAUAGUAAUCCGGAAUUUCAAUAACCAAGUAGCAUUUAAAUGCUAUGAUUUUAAGGGGAAUAAGACAUCAGCAUAUGUAGGGAUUUUUGAUAUGAAGGGUUAUCCUUUUAGUUAUUCAAGCUCAGCAAAUGAGCUUAUAGUCAUUGGUUGUGAUGAUUUUGCUGAAAUUCAUGCUGAAGGAUUCCUACCAAACGGAAAUCAAUUCAAUUAUACUACUGGGUGUUUAGCUAUGUGUUCUACAACUUCAACUAUUAAUGAAAAAAUCCUUCCAAAAGGAUCAUGUUCUGGGACACUUUGUUGUCAUACAGCCAUUCCAAUUGGGACACAGACCUUUAAGAUAAUUCUAUCUCCAUUGGUUCGAAGCCUUUACUAUACAGAGCAUUGUGGGUAUGCCUUUAUUGCUGGUAAUCAGAGCUUUAGGUACAAUGACCUUUCCAAUUUGACUAUUAAUAGUACAGUUGGUGUAAACAGAGUUGUUGCUAGAGCUCCUGUUGUGCUGGAUUGGUCUGUUGGAAUUUCUAAGACUAGUCAAUCAAGGCUUAAUUGUAGCAAAGCUAGGAAGAAUAUGACAGCAUAUGUCUGUCAGAAGAAUUCUGAGUGUGUCGAGUCUGAAGCCGGAGGAUAUCAUUGUAAAUGUCAAAAUGGGUUCGAGGGUAAUCCUUAUCUUAAACCAGGUUGCACAGAUGUGAAUGAGUGUAGAGCUGGUAAGAAUAAUCCAUGUAGCAGAGGUUGUGUUAAUACAGUUGGGAGUUUCAAAUGCCCAUGUCCUGAAGGAUAUUUUGGAGAUGGAUUAAAAUCUGGGACGGGUUGUGUUAAGAAUUCAGAUAAUAAUUCAUCAGCAAAUCUCAAGAGAAUCACUCUUGGAUUGGGCAUAUCCUUAGGAACAAUACUUCUCCUAUUUGUGAGUUGGUGGUUUUCUACUAUAAUUAAAAAGAGAAGGAUUACUAAGCAAAAGGCUACGAACUUUGCGAGAAAUGGCGGGUUAAUAUUGAAACGACAAAUGGAUACUGAUGAAAGUGUAGUCGCAAGAAUGAAGAUCUUUACCGCUGACGAAUUAGAGAGAGCAACAGAUAACUUCAAUGAAAACAGGAUACUUGGACGAGGAGGACAAGGUAUAGUUUACAAAGGAAUGUUGGGUGAAGGUAAAAUUGUUGCCAUAAAGAAGUCAAUAGUAAUAAGUGAAAGUCAGUUAGAAGGACUAAUCAAUGAAUUGGUUCUAUUAUCGCAAAUUAAUCAUCGAAAUAUAGUGAAGUUAUUAGGAUGUUGUUUGGAGACUGAAGUCCCAUUGUUAGUUUACGAAUUCAUACCAAAUGGAAAUCUCCACCAUCUUAUUCAUAACCCAAGUGAGGAAUUCCCAAUCACUUGGAGAAUGCGCUUACAAAUUGCUUCUGAUUCGGCUUCAGCACUUGUUUACUUGCACUCAUCAUCUUCAAUUCCUAUACUUCACCGCGAUAUCAAGUCCUCCAACAUACUUUUGGAUGAAAAAUACAGGGCAAAGGUAUCAGAUUUCGGGACUUCAAGAUCAUUUGCUAUUGAUCAAACCCAUGUAACUACUCGUGUUAUGGGAACUUUUGGUUAUUUAGAUCCACAGUACUUCCAAUCAAGUGUGUUUACAGAAAAGAGCGAUGUCUAUAGUUUUGGAGUAGUACUAGUCGAGCUUUUAACAGGACAAAAGGCAAUAAUAAACAUAUCAGAAGAUGAAGAUAAGAAUUUAACAGCAUGGUUUCUUUAUCAUAUGGAAGACUCUCGUUUGAUUGAUAUUAUAGAUUCUCAAAUCAUACAAGAAGGUUCAAACGACGAGUUUUACACCAUUGCUAAACUUGCAAUGAGGUGUUUAAAUUUAGAUGGAAAGAAAAGACCCACAAUGAAAGAAGUCUUACUUGAGAUUGAAGGGGUUUUAUCACUUCAUAUUCCUGAAAAAAAUCCUAAAAUUUUGCAAGAACCUCGGCAAGUGGUUACUGAAACAACAAAUUAUAAUGUAUAUGAUAGUGGUUGUACGAGUUCUACUCAAAAUACUUCAGAUUAUACUAACUCUAACAGUUCAGCUGAAGUAACCUUGUUAUUCAGUCCUAGGUGAUGUUAAUUGUUAAAUGUAUACAAGUCUUCAAUGAGCAAUGCAAUAAUGCAUUUUUUUUAAGGGAAUUUUUGUUGUAAAACUCAAUCUAUUUGGCAAGGGAACCGGUGUGGUUGAAACUCAAUCGCAAUAUUGAAAUAGAUCUUAAGCAAAGACUUGACCUUGGUGAAUUGAUA